UUUCUUUUCUUUUCUUUUCCCCUUUUCCCUCUUCCAUUUCACUUUCCUCUCCGCUCCAACCCACGCCCGCGCACCCUCUCCGUCGCAGUCGCCCGCCGGCACGCUCCCUCGCCGUAGUUCUUUUCAUUUUUUUCACUUACUUUCCGCUACAGCCUCGCCGGCACACGCGACUACCGCAUUCUUCUGUUCUUCGACCGAGGUCAACACUCUUGUUUUCCUCAACCUCUCCCUCUCUUGCUCGCCGCACGCACAACUUCAUGGCAUCUCAGGUUAUCCGUGAGUGGGUUGGGAUUAACAACUUUGCAAUGGCUACACAAGCAAAAUUACUUGAGUUGAUGGGAAAACUGAAGCAGGAGAACGUCAACACAUUGACAAUACUUGUAAUGGGAAAGGGUGGCGUUGGAAAGUCAUCCACUGUGAAUUCCAUUAUUGGUGAAAGAGUUGUAUCUGUUAGUCCUUUUCAGUCAGAAGUGCCAAGGCCAGUGAUGGUUUCUCGCUCACGGGCUGGAUUUACAUUAAACAUCAUCGAUACACCUGGCAUCAUAGAAGGAGGUUAUAUCAAUGACCAGGCACUUGAGAUCAUAAAACGCUUUCUCUUGAACAAGACCAUAGAUAUUCUUCUCUAUGUGGACCGCUUGGAUGCAUAUAGAGUAGAUAACUUAGAAAAGCAGGUUAUCAAGGCAAUAACUGACAGCUUCGGUCAAGCAAUAUGGAGUAGGGCUUUGAUUGUUCUCACUCAUGCUCAAUUUUCCCCGCCAGAUGGAUUACCAUAUGAUGAAUUUGUUUCCAGAAGAUCAGAAGCUCUAGUGAAAACAGUCCGAUUUGGUGCCUCUUUCAGAAAAGUUGAAAUUCAGGGGUUGAAUAUUCCAGUUGUUUUGGUCGAGAACAGUGGACGGUGCAGCAAGAAUGAGAAAGAUGAAAAGGUUCUUCCAAAUGGGAUUGCUUGGAUUCCUCACUUGGUUGAGACAAUCACCACAGUUGUCUUGAAGGGAAGCAAGUCCAUUUUUGUUGAUAAGACGUUAAUCGAAGGGCCAAACCCCAAUCAGAGGGGAAAGUUGCUGAUUCCCUUAAUCUUUGCACUCCAAUAUUUCUUCGUCGUUAAACCUAUCAAGCGAGCAAUAAGAAGGGAUAUAGCAAGACAAAUUAGACCGUCGUGGGAGUUGCGUGAUAUGAGCUUUUCCACCCGCAAGUAUUGAUUCGAUCUCAAGUUUGGCGAGUUAAUAAUCUAUGCGUCUUAUGUUCGUAUAGAGAUUAGUCGUUGUUUUGUUUUUUGUUUUUUUUUUUUUUUUUUUUUUGUAGAAGUUGGAAUUUUGAGAUAACUGAGUUUCUGUAAGCAAAUUCGUAUACACUGCCACCCUCAGUUCUUUCGGCUACUUAUCAUUAGUUAGAGGAUUAUGUUUGUUUCCUUUUAA